UGUAUAAGAUCAAGCGUAAGUCUGCUGGACAGAUCUAUGCCUUAAGAAGGUCUUGUUGAGGAUACUCUCUAAGAAGGAGAAAGAAAAUGCUUUAAUGAGAUUCGAAUUUCAUAUCUCUUCAACAUUCGAACAUCAUCUCCUACAAGGAGCUCUUUCUCGAAUGGUCACCAGCAACUCUCCUUAUAAGUAUGGGUUUUUAUGAUCGCGAAGAUCUGUAUCAGAAAAUUGUUGAACAGAAGAAAAGGAAAUAAAUUAUUUUCAGAAGCUGACAUUUGGGAAACUUUUAUAUAGAUAGUCAAAGAGCUCAAUGCCCUCUAUAAUAAAUAGAAUUUAGCAUAGAGAGUUAAAGUGAUUUAAGCCUCUCCAAAGCCGCUAAGAAGGGUCUUGUCUAUACUCAGACGGGAACACCUUACUACACAUCGUCCAAGGUAUAGCAAGACGAGCCCUAUGAUUACAGAAGUGAUACUUGGUUUCUAGGGCGAGUUAUUUGUGAAGUGAUUACAUUGAGACUGCCUUUUACUGUUACUUCGAAGCAGGAGCUAGCAAGUAAAGCCAAGAAGAGCAGCCAUGCGAAAAUUCCUAGCUUAUUCUCAAGAGCCGUGGGGCUACGGUAGCUACAUUACUUAAAGUUUCACCCCUCAUGAGGCCAAGCUGAGAACGAAUCUUGCAUAUAUAAGCAGUAAAAGAGCAUCUUACAGAUGAAGAGAUCAAAGAUAUCAGAAUUGACUUGCUAAAUACUAUUAAAGUAUAAAAUAUGAGCUUACUGUAACAGAAACUUCCUGCUAGUCAAUUUGAAAAUGAAAAGUUAGCGAAAAUAAUUAUGAAGAUGAUUUUGAAAGUAUUCCUUCCAAUGGAGAAAAGAAAAGGGACCAUUCAGAUCCUAUCGGAUCCGAAGCCAUCGCAAGGCCACCAAAACUUGAUAAGACUGAAAGAGCCAGAAGAAAGCUUAAAGGUCAUCCUCUUACUGUUACUUUGCAUAGAGUUAUCCCUCCGAUGACUUAGUCAAACAAAGCUCAGGAAUUUGAUGACUCGAAGAUCUGUAAAUCAAAAGCUACUUCAAGAUAGAAUCAAAAUAGGAAGAGUAGCAAGAGCAAGAGAAUUAUUGAAGAAAGCCUGAAAAGAAUAGAGCAACCCAAAGGCUGUAGAAGCACAGCUACUUCAACUAAUUCAAACGCCUUUGACUAACCUUUAUAACAAUAGAUAUCGCAUGUACUCCAAAGAUGGCAAGGGAUCGAAGAAAGUGUCAGAGAUCUAUAGAAUAAGGACAAAAGAUAUUGAAAAUCAAGACAACAGAAUGAAUAAUGAGCAACUAAAUAAGUAUCAAGAUCAAUUUUAUGUCAAUAAUAAAUAUAUCGGCAGAGGUUAUGCAUCUAAGAAAUAAUGAAGGAAAGCCAUCUAACAUAGCAUGCAAUUAUUGAUCCAACCCAGAGUCUUUCUGAGCUUAACCAAAUUGCUGGAUAGAAGCUUAUUGACUCUCAUAGAAAGGUAUUUUUGGAUCGAGAGUAUUGUGAUGUUCAACGAAGUAUAACAAAAUCCUUGCUAAAAUGACCCUCAGCUUAUUCUCCAAUCUCAUUUUCCAGAAUGCUGACAAAUUCGGUGAGCUAUAAGUGUUUAGAUCAGAGUUAUAAGUUAGGCUACUGGAGCUUAUUUUAGAUUAUCAGAGUCUAUUUCAGUGAUGAAAUUGUGGAUAACAUCUAGAGAAAUAAAUUUCUCCUCUUAGUGAGAACUAUAAGGGUAUAAACAACAAGAUAUAUCUCCAGAACAAUCUUGAUGAGGAGACUCAGCAGCCAAGACCUCAGUAUAGCCUAAUUGGAAAGACAGGUGCAAGAGGAAGCUCCUCUAUCACUCCACAUUCUAAUAGCAACCAUUGGCUAAUCUCUUUGAGGUUCAAGGAGGAUAAUAAGAACUCUGAAGUUUCUUGUAAGCUAAGGGAUCACUCUCUGCGAAGGUUUAAAUAAGUAUUCACCAGAAAGCUUGCGUAGGAGUCAGCGUGGGCUGAACGGAUUCAGGAAUAGUCUGUCAAGGAAGUAUGUCCCAACAAUAAUACUACUAGGAAGCAGCCAUUAGCCCCUAUGCACCCACUCCCAAAUUCUCUGAGCCGCGGAAGAGUUGAGCUUUGCUCUGCAAAGAAGAAGUUCUGAAUGAAUUAUAGGUCAUCAGUACAGGAUAAAGUCAAGCUCUAAAAAGGUCCCUACUUGGUGAGGCUUG